GUUUAUUUCUUGGAAUCAUCGUUGGUUUAUUUCUUGGAGUUAUCGUUGGUGCCGUAUUUGAAGUUGUCGUUGAUGCCGUAGUCAGAGCUGUCAUUGGUACCGUGCUUAUAUUGUCACUUUGA